AUGACUCUCCCGCAGCCCGGAUAUGUUAGGCCAGCUUCCGUCGCGUUGCCCAAGCCCCGGAAGCGGACGCUCACAGGACUCCUGGUUCUUGCCUUUUUCAUACCUCCGCUCGCUUUGUACCUCGAUGGCGCAUCCGGCAUUUGCGUCAUCGUCAAUCUCGUUGUAUGGGGCAUCAUCUUCUUUCCGGCCGGAAUCAUUCACGCCUUCGUCUACCUUCUACGGUCGCAGGAAAGGCGCAAUAUGUCACGACCCAUGCGGUACCGGCUGUGGGCCCGGAGCGCUGAGGGCACGAGGCCACUGGAAGAGGCGCCGAAAUCUCCAGCGCUGUUGUUUGAGCGCGAAGAGUCAAGGGCACUCACAGCACACCCUUCAUAUGCCUCUCCAACUGGGCCAGAGGACAAUCCAUUCAAAGACCCGAUUGCAUAA